AUGGCUGCUGUCGCCUCGUCCUACACCGCCGCUAAGGCCCCUGCGGCUGCACUGGCUCAGUCAGGGCUGACUGCCUCUUCAAACUCCGCCCUCCCCAGCUUCUCGGGCCUUCGCGCUUCCGCUCCCAUCAGGGCCGCCAAGAAGACCAGCUGCGCGCGCGGCUGCAAGUGCGCGCGCCAUGCCGUCGUCGUGCGCGCCGCUGCUGAGUCCAGCGAUGCGUCCGAGCAAGCUCUCUUCGCCAGCGUCAGCCAGUCUGUCGCCGCUCCCGCUGCUCCCGCCGCCAACUCCGGCGUGCUCGUCCCGUCGAUUCUCGGAGCAGGUAUUGUCGGCGGCGCCGCUCUCGCCCUUCUCUCAAAGAGCUCCGCUCCUGCAGCUCCCGCUGCUGCCGCUCCGGUGACCUUCGACGGUGGCUACGUCCCACGUGCCAAGCGCGCCGCGCCGGCCGCGCUAGCGACAAUGGCGGCGACGUUCCCCAACGCGAUGCAGGAGGAGACUUUCAUGCACGCCGUGGCGGAGGAGCUGCGCAACCUUGGCUUCCGUCGCGACAACUGCAUCGCGCUGGUGAACACGUGCCGCGACGAGCUCGCUCUUCGUGUUCCCUUUCGUCCCUUUCCAGACAUUUUCUUCGGCUUCCCCCACGUGUCAAUUGGCGAGACCGGCGAGGUCGGGUCGCUGCUCCGUCGCGGCCGCGGCAAGCCGUCCAACGCAUGCGGUGCCCUCAUCGCCAUCCGCGGCGACAUUUGCGCUGGCGGUCCCAUCGUCGAGGACCCUGCAACGCCGAUCACCCGCGCCGCGCUGCAGGCUAUCACCGACGACCUCGAGUACCUUAUCUCUCAGACCGUAGAUCCCGCGACCGCGGAUUACGCCGUGAUUACCGGCGUGCAGAUUCACUCCGGGAACAACCUCCCAGGCGAGCCGUUCCAGACGGAGCGCCUCUGUGACUACAUCGCGCCCAAUGCCAUGUACGUCGUGAUCAACGGCGAGAAGCACAUUCUCCACUGCGAGAUCAACCAGAUCAAUGCCAUCAAAUCCGUCCCUGCCUAUAAGUUUGCCAACUGA